GGGAAACCCUGUGGGAGAGACCAUGUCUAGAUGAGAUGCUCAUUCAAUCUCACAGCCACAUUUCACACUACAGCACACACUAAGUCACAGAGAUGACUGGCUCGAAUAACCCCAGGUUCCGUCUCUUGGUUGGCUGGUGCUGCCUAAUGUCUUCAGCUCUUUUGAUAAUGACGGUAUAUCUUGGAAUGAGUUUGCACAAAAAGUCUGAAACAAACAAGACUGGAAAUGAAGAGUCCAAUUCAACAGAAAAAAUCACCACACCUGGCCAACUGAAAGGAUCCCAUUACGGGCUGUCUUUUAAAGACUAUAUCAGUCUCAUCAGAGACAAGAAUGAAACCUGGAUAUGUGAUUCAUGUGAUAGCAGCUCCCUUUCCUUAAAUAACAACACUGUUGAAAUUAAAACCAGCGGCUUUUACUAUAUCCACGCCCAGGUCAUCUUCGACAAAAGGUCAUCUUCGACCAUUCAGCCAAAGAAGCAGCAGGCGAGAGUUAUUUUGCUCAAAAAUAAAGGUCCUGCGACACAAGUCAGAAAACUGAGCGAGGUUAUUCGCUUUGAACCAGGAACAUUGACAAUGAUCCGGCUGGUCAUGCUGACAAAGGGAGAGAGCAUCAGACUGGAUAUACAACCCGAAUCCCUGCACCUAUCAAUUGAAGCAUGCCAUACUUACUGGGAAAUCUUGUAUCUGGAUAACAAAUAAUAAGUCUAAAUAUUCCUUAAAGAAUUAAAAGACACACAAUUCAGUUUCUGAUCGUUUGUAAGUCAGGUAUUUCAUCCGAAGAAUCAAAACAGCCUGUAUUUAUAUUUACAAAAGUAAAUGAUAAAAGAUUGUUUGGAUAGUUCUCAAGCCCAUUAUGGGUUUCAAAGGGAAUAUUUUCUUCUUUGUAAGUGUUAAAAUGCAACAUUUUAUUUUUAUAUUAUAUGUCAUAUUUUGGAAUAAUUGUUAAAAUAUUUUGAGAUUUAUUGCAAAUGGUUUAUUGGUUAUUUGUGUAUGUUAUUUUUAUUUUUAUUUAAAUUCUUUUUUAAAGGAAAGUGCUGUAAAUAGUCUUCAAAAUGUCCAGUAAUUUGUUAAUUUAAUGCAUAAAGCAUGAUGAACAGAAGUCAAAGUGACAAUUUGAAAUGAACUUGGUUUUUUAAAUAAUUUAUUUGUGAACUACCGUUGUCCUACCUGUAAGCUAUUUCAAAAUAAAAGUUUAUUCAGUGCAACA